AUGACAGGUGUUACCCCCACGAAUGAGCAAUAUCCACCUCGGCUUUCUCAGUCAGAGCAGGAUGCUCUUGUACAGACUGUCAAGGACUGGGCUAUCGGUAACGGCCUAUCUGUCCGACCACCUCCUGCCGUUGUAUCAGCCGAAGCGGACCCGAAAGGCAUCUUGGCAGUCAAUGUACCCGUGACGCUCUUCCCAAGUCCUUUCCCUAAGCAAUGCUUCGCCCAGGCAAGAUCUGUUCAAACGACCUAUAACGAGCUUUAUGCGGCUAUCAGCAGAGAUGAACAGUUUCUGAAUGAUAUGGUUAACGAGGUGAAGAGCGGCGAUGACUUCAUCAGCAAGUUGUGGGAUACUCAUGUGCGAGUUAAGAAGGAGGGAUAUACUCAGAGCCUCUCUCUUGGACUCUUCAGAUCUGAUUAUCUCGUUCAUCAAGAUACUUCAGCAAACGAACCCAGAAGUCAGGUCAAGCAAGUGGAAUUCAACACGAUAGCCUCAUCUUUCGGAGGUCUCUCGUCUCGAACCUCCUUGCUUCAUAAGUUCCUCUCUGUUGCAGAAUAUCCCCUCUUGAACCGUCCAAUCGAGUCGGGAGCCCUUGACCUGCCCGAAAAUCAGAGCGUCCAAGGCCUGGCCGGGGGUAUUCGUGCGGCCUUUGAUUUGUACGGGCCAUCUGAAUUAGGCCACAAGAAGUGCGUUGUCUUCGUUGUCCAGGGUGGCGAGCGCAACAUUUUUGAUCAGCGCCACCUGGAGUAUGCCCUUGCCAGUUCUCCCGAUCCUGUCCAGGUCUUCCGCAUCCCCUUCUCCGAGCUUCUGCAGCAUACCGAGGUUGCCGAUACCCCCAAGCGCCAGCUACUUUACAAGGUUCCCAGGGACCCUUCCAAGGUCUUUGAGGUCGCCGUCGCCUACCUGAGAUGCUGGUAUGACCCGUCAGACUACCCCGACCAGAGCGCCUGGGAGGCCCGUUACCACCUGGAGAGGUCGUCGGCGAUCAAGUGCCCAACUGUCUUGACCCAGCUUGCGGGCAGCAAGAAGAUUCAACAGGUUCUGGCCACGCCGAGAUCAGGAUCUUCGCCCUCGGUUCUAGGUCGCUUUAUCCCUGACGAUUCUCCUCAAACGGCGGAGGUUUGGCAGACCUUUACUAAUAUCUUCCCGAUGGACAACACGGAUGCUGGUCUCCAGGCGCGCAAGAUCGCACAGGAUCCGGAACUUUGCAAAAACUAUGUCUUGAAGCCGCAGCGGGAGGGUGGUGGCAACAACCAUUACCGCGAGGAUAUUCCCGAGUUCUUGAAGAAGACUCCCGAAUCUCACUGGGGCUCAUACAUUCUGAUGGAGCUGAUCACUCCUCCCAAGCAGGACAACAUCAUUUUGCGAAACGGCAAUCUCGAGGAAGGCGGUGUUAUCUGCGAGCUUGGUAUUUAUGGAACGACUGUCUGGAACCAAGGCACUGGGGAGGUCCUUCACAACAAGGAGGCUGGCUAUCUCCUGCGUACCAAGGGCGACACGAGCAACGAGGGCGGUGUGGCCGCUGGCUUUGGGUGCAUGGACAGCUGCAGACUUGUUUAA